AUGGGUGGGUGGAUAUCCACCUGUUUGCCUCAUGCAUGGGAUCCGUGGAGACUCAUUCAAAUCCUUUUCAAUUGA